AUGGCGCCUGGCGCGACAUGUCCGUUCUUCUCCUUGCCGGUCGAGCUACGACUGGAAAUCUACCAUUAUGCCGUCUUGGACUGUCGGGCCAUCACUGUCGGCACAGCACGACUAGACGGCCCACACCCCGACAUCAUCCACCGCCUCUACGGCAACAAACGAUCGCCAUAUCCCGGCAUUCCUCAGAACCACGAGCCGGUCGUCGAGACGCGAUACGAUGCCUCCCUUCUCUCACCCACCAGUCCCGCCGUCAUCCCCCUCACCCCAGCAACCAUAGACCCGCCCGAAGACACCUACGAACACACCCAAACAGCCUACCAUACCCUCCAGAUCCUGUGCAAACAAGUCAAUGAAGAGCUCACGAGCCACUUUGCAAUCCCCGCCCGACGACAGACGAGUCUGUUCGUCCAGUACCCCUCGGGACUGCACGUCCUGCACACUUUGACCCCUCAGCUGGUGCGUCAAUCUCGAAGCGUCCACCUGGCUGGAACCUAUGUCCCGACCACUUUCUGUCCCCGACGAGCCGCCAUCAUGGGACCACGCACGGAGGUGCCGAAGGAGAAGCUCCAGGGGAAUGUUGCACCGGACUCGAAGGGCCAGUUGGAUAACUUGAUAAGGUCUCUUUGCGGACCGCAUCCUACUCACCCAGUCGAGAAGCUGGAGAUGCGGAUAUACUACCCUGGAGACGACUCCUACUCCACGGUCUGGGGAGACGACAGCUCGCCGCUGGUCAUUGCUCUGAGGAAUGUUGCUUAUGGUGAAGUGAGCAUCGAGCUCUGGCGUGGCAGGUACGGGACUGGGGUUUACAUGGCUGCGAAGCCUACCGGGGACAGGAGACGAACUGUGAGUACCGUCUGGCGAAAGCUCGAAGAAGGACGGAGGGGAGAGGCACCAUGUGGCAGUUGGGUUGUCGACUCACAGUGGCCUGCUUGGAACACGACCUACGAGAUGAGUGAGGGACCCCAGGGCGAUCUCAUCGUCACUGAGCCGGUUCAAUAG